AUGCUGAUGAAUCGGCAAUCGGCAUUGUUCGUCAAGCUACUUCCUUCUCGCGCAUUGGUCUUCAACGACGAAGACAUUGCCGAAGGUAGGAAGGUGAUUAAAUCAAGAAUUACAUUUAUGCCUUGCUGCAACAUUGACGGCUCGAAUAAACUACUUCUGAUGUUCCUGGGUACGUCUCAGAAUCCACGUGACCUGCCCAAAGACAAGUCUGACCUUCCAGUAUAUUACAAAAGCUCGAAGAAGGCUUGGAUGAACCGAGAUUUGUUUAAACAGUGGUUCUUCGAACAGUUAAUUCCCUUGGUACAGAAUUUUGCACAGCAGAAAGGACGAGAACCUAGAGCGUUGUUGCUCCUAGAUAAUUGUUCGGCGCACCACGAUGGUGGCAACAUUCUCGAAAGCAAUGACGGGAAAAUAAAAGUGAUUUUCCUUCCACCAAAUGUCACCUCACUCGGUCAGCCAAUGGAUCAAGGAGUACUCCAUGCGGUGAAGAAACGGUACAAGAAAAAACUCAUGCUUCAUUUGCUUCUUGAUGACACCGACUGCAGUAUCUUUGAAGAAAGGCUUAAGAAAAUCAGUCUGCGCCAAGUCAUUGACUGGUUACAUCAAUCAUGGGAUGAAAUCUCACAUAAGACAAUUGAGGGUUCUUGGAAGAACCUUCUAGAUGAAUAUCCGCUCUUCGAUCUAGAAGAAGCUGAAAGUGGGUCGUUAGAUAAUGACGUAUUGUCUCUUGUGAAAGCUACAGCACAUUUCUACCAGGAGAAUCCCAGUAACGAUGACAUAAAAGACUGGUUGAAUGACUCAGUAUGUGACAGCAAAGGGAACAAAAUCAUCGGUGAUUGUGAUGUGUACACUGACAACGAAAUUUUGGACAGCGUUCUACAUGAGAACAAAGUGGAACCCGAUGAGGACUGUAAAGAUCGUAAAACGGAGGAUGAUGUUGAUUAUCCAUUCAUCUGCACUGGUUGUAGUUCGUUGAUCUAUCAGUGGCACAGGUUCUGCACGUCGUGCAUUGAAAAUGAUCAAAUUUAUCAAGAACGGCUGCAACACAGAGUUGGUGAUGCAUUCAAUCAACAAGAACAUUUAGUGCUACUGAAAGACGAAGUUACCGAAAAUUCGGCAGUAGAAACUAGAAAACCUCGCAUGUACCUUGAGGUCGAACUUAUAAAUGUAAGCGAGAAGAUAGAACUCUCUGAAAACGAUGUUGAUCCCAGAACUGAUACAACUGAUUUCGAAGAACAAGCACCAAAGAAAAAAGCAAAAAUUCUGAAGAAAUCGCCAGUCUCUAGAGCUUCGAAACAUUCACCGAACGAGAGCGACAAAUCAAAGCCAUCAGUGGAUACCGACCAACCGCAAAAGAAACUUGGCAGACCUAGGAUCUAUCCAUUGGAUUAUAAGGCCCCACCGCGCCGAGAGAUGUGUCCAGUCUGCGGAAAGUUCGUCUCUACAUUGUCGGAACACAUUCGGAUUCACGGUUGUGGUGAUAAGUACCAAUGUCCGUACUGUGAGAAGGACUUCAACACAAAGUCAAACUGGUACCGCCACCUGAACAUCCACACGCGAGCCAAAGAAUAUAAGUGCGAAGAAUGCGGAAAAGAGUUUUCGCAGAGAAACGGCUUGAAGGCGCACCUGUCAACGCAUACCAAGGACCGGAAAUACGUGUGUCCGGUGUGCGAGAAGACUUUCUACCAACGGACGGCAUUCUGUCGGCAUAAACGAACGCAUUUCGAAGAACCAUCAGUCCCGUGCCCCGAGUGUGGUCGCAAGUUUCUUUGCCCUGGCUCAAUGAGGAACCAUUUGAGAAUGCACCUACCAAGAGAGUUUGCCUGUGAACUUUGUGGUAGAGCCUUCUAUCGGAACAGCAAUCUCAAAACCCAUAUGAAAACACACCAGAGAAAGGAAGGCGUUCGGGCUCAGGCAUCUGCACCAAAAAAAGAAAGUUGAUUGGAUCAGCAACAUAAAUAAUAGGUACAUACAAAC